AAAUGAACUAAUCGUCACCUACUUACCAAACACACAGUAUUGUAUCCUUCAGGGGCUAUCGUCUUCGCACCAGCAUGGCUUCUCGUCUCCCAGCAUUUCCUCGCUUUGUCUUUACAGUGUUCGAACCCAUCUCUCUUCUCGCUGGGUUCGUGCCGGCAGUCUUUUUGUCGGAUUGGUUUGUCUCGGAGCAAGUCGCACGAUCUGUCCCAGUCCCCUUGACGGACAAUAACCGCCUGGUGGCGCAGCAGCUAGGAAAUUGCUAUGGGUUGGCUUUCCUAGUCGGGAUAGCUGUGUUGUACAGCUCCAACGAGCUGCACGUUGUCAGAAACUAUCUGAGAGCCCUGUGGCUAGCUGACCUUGGUCACCUGGCUGUGACCUACAACAUACUGCAAUAUGACCGGUUCUUAUAUGUCGCAAGUUGGAACCCAAUGACAUGGGGAAAUGUUGGCAUUACGCUUUUUCUUUGCUUGACUAGGACAGCGUAUCUUCUGGGUUUGUUCGGGCCGGACAUUGAUGCUCCCCUGGCACCCAAGAAGUCUCAAUGAGGCUGUCGAGCUCAGCAGGACUUCCACCUCGCUGGCCACAGUGGGGAAUAUCUGUUCUGUUACAUCAUUGCUCCCAAUGCUAUUCAACUGUAACCAGGGAAUAAGACGGGCCUCUCCCAAUUUGAGUUGGAAAGAGAAAGUAGUUGGGACAUCCACUAGCAUCCGGCUUUCUACCUAAGAGCAGUGGACGAGAUACUUAUCUACCUACCUAACGCACAUGGAGACUUCAAUUCUGCCUCUGAACCCGUCCAAAUUAUAGUCGGAUGAUCGCUCUGAAGCUAAAGCAGAUGCCUCCAAGUCAAAUGCCAGCUGAUGCAGUGGAUAUCUGGGAGAGAUGUCAUCCGUAAUGCGCUAACUACCUUAUAGGGAUAGUUAAUUAAAAUAAAGCUUUCUGGUUUCAUCAA